AUGGAUGCUACAUACACUACUAAUAAUUUCAGACUUGAAUUUUAUGUACUCCAUACUAUGAUGAAUAGGACAGGCUUUUCUCUUGCUUACAUGCAUGUCUUGCCGAAACCUGGUCCCAACUCUCAUAACUCAUUAAUUCUACCAGAUCUAUGA